GCUAGGUUAGCAUAUAAUGCUUCUGCAUAUUCAUCAUGAGUUUCCCUUCUAUCUUCUUAACAAUUAGAUCUUUCUCUACUUCUUUAGUUAUAAAUUAGCAGGAAAUCACAACAUGGAGGCUUUCAACGGAACUGCAGUGGUAAAUAUGACAGUCAAGAAGCUGGAACCUGUUCUUGUUAAUCCCGCCGCUGAGACAUUCAAGGGACUGUAUUUCCUUUCUAAUAUUGACCAGACAUUUCCUUUUCCCAUAGAGAUUAUCUUUUCCUACGAGGGAAAUGGCAUGGGAAACGAAAAUGCAGCUGAUGCUAUGAAAGAAUCACUGGCUAAGAACUUGGUCCAGUUUUAUCCUCUUGCAGGUUCACUUACGUUGGGGUUGGAUGGGAAAAUGCACGUUCAAUGCACAGGAGAAGGUGUGCCGUUUGUUGAGGCUACUUCGGAUUGCACGUUGGAAGAGUUGGGUGAUAUUAGCUACAUCGAUUCCAAGUUUCGUCAACUCAUUCAUUAUGUAGACGGUGUCGAUAGCAUACUCAACGUGCCCUUAUUGACUGUGCAGAUGACAAGAUUCAGAUGCGGAGGCAUUGUACUGGGAAUUGCAAUGAACCAUAUCCUUAUGGAUGGAGAAGCAAGCUUAUAUUUCCUGAAGUCUUGGGGAAAAAUUACCAGAGGCAUACACUUAUCUGUUGAACCAUAUCUAGAUCGAUCCAUAUUAUCUCCAAGGCAGCCUCCUAUUCUAGACAUUCCACAUCCUGAAUUCGUGAAAUUGGAGACAAAAACGUCCACCCCGUCCUAUCAAGAAUCUCGAGUCUACCAAUCCUUCUGCUUCAAACCUCAAAAACUCCAACAACUUAAGCAAUUGGCAAAGGAAAAAGGAUCAGUCACCAAUCCUACCAGCUUCGAAGUAAUAUCUGCACUUAUGUGGAUCAUGAGGACCAAGGCUUUAAAGACCGAGCCCCACGUAACAAUCAAGCUCCUUACAGCUGUGGAUGUUAGAACAAAAAUCAAGCCGCCAAUGCCUGAGUGUUACUUUGGUAACUGUUAUGCAGUGUCAUGUGCUGUGUGUAAGGCAGGCGACCUAAUCGAAAAACCUUUCUCCUUUGCUGUUAAGAUUGUGCAAGAGGCCUUAAGAAAAGUGACGGACGACUACAUAAAAUCCACAAUCGAUUACUAUGAGGUUACUAGAGAUGUGCUCCAGGCUGAGAAUACUGCCUGGAUCUCCAAGUGGAGUCGACUUCCGUUCAAUGAGAUUGAUUUCGGAUGGGGAGAGCCUAUGCAGGUUGCACCAGCAUCAAUGGUGUGGAAUUUCGCUGUGACAAUAUCGCAGAGAAGGGAAAGUGGUAAUAUAAUUUUGACAUUGGGGUUUCCUGAGUCUGUCAUGGAAAGAUUCCGGAAGAUGAUGCUGUUGGAACUCGAGCAAAAAUAAUGCCAUCCAUACAAUCUGUGUAUUGAAGUGCCGAACUACUUAAUUUAUGCAUCAGAAUAAGAAAGCAAGUAAUUCUCAUAGGUGUGGGUAGUUAUAUUGUACGGUGUGUACUCUGCUCAAUUAACAAAGUUGAGCUACCAUGUUUAAAACUAAGGUUGUGAGUUUCUUGUUUCCAGAUGGACAGACAUUUAGCUGUGGGUAGUUGUAUAGUACAAUGUGUACUGUGCUCAGUUAAUUAAGUUGAGCUACCAUGUUUAAAACUAAUGUUGUGUGUUUCUUGUUGCCAGUUGGACAGACAUGAUUCUCGUAAAUGAUACUAGAAACUCGUUUAGGCUCUUAAUUAAGAUUGAAGUUCAAA